CAAACAAAAAUUACACCAAAAAAAGUUGUAAAAUUACAUUGUUUCUAAGGUAACCUACGGGUUCAGGUUUUAAAUCAUCAAUUACCUGGUAAUGAUGAUGAUUAGUAUCAUCAACAGUAUCAUCGUCAGCAAUUAAUAUUGACUGCCAUCAUCAUUAAUGAGAGAAAAACUAAAUUAUCAUCACAAUCGGUAGAGAAACAAAAAAAAAAUUGAUCUAAUUUUUGUUUCCAUUUCGCAUUUUUCAUCCGCCAACAUCAAAUAAUUACAUCAGUGCCACCACCAUCAUCAUCAAAAGCAUUCGAUUUUUUGUUAUCCAAGAUGAUGACCUUUUUGUUUGUUUUUGUUUUGUUUUGUAAAUGAAAAGAAGAUAAAGAAUUUGCCAUUUGAAAAUCUGCUCAGAUUUAUCACUUGUUUUUGUUAUUGUUUGUUUGUUUUUGCACUCAACAUUCUUUCUUUUUUUUGUGUGUUGUGAAUCAAACAUUUUUUUCCCAUUAUUGUUAAAAUGGCCUGUAACGAGGAUCCAGAAUUAAUUUUCACCAAACAAGAACGUAUCGGUAAAGGUUCAUUCGGUGAAGUAUUUAAAGGUAUCGAUAAUCGUACACAACAAGUUGUUGCAAUAAAAAUUAUUGAUCUUGAAGAAGCUGAAGAUGAAAUUGAAGAUAUUCAACAAGAAAUUAUGGUUUUAUCACAAUGUGAUAGUUCAUUUGUAACCAAAUAUUAUGGAUCAUAUUUAAAGGGAACAAAAUUAUGGAUUAUUAUGGAAUAUUUGGGUGGUGGUUCAGCGCUAGAUCUAAUGAAAGCUGGACAAUUUGAUGAAAUGCAUAUUGCUGUUAUAUUACGUGAAGUACUUAAAGGACUUGAUUAUCUACAUUCAGAACGUAAACUACAUCGUGAUAUUAAAGCAGCUAAUGUAUUAUUAUCAGAAAUGGGUGAAGUAAAACUAGCUGAUUUUGGUGUUGCCGGUCAACUAACCAAUACAACAAGUAAACGUAGUACAUUUGUUGGUACACCAUUUUGGAUGGCACCUGAAGUUAUUAAACAAUCUGCUUAUGAUUCAAAAGCUGAUAUCUGGUCAUUGGGAAUCACUGCAAUUGAAUUGGCUAAAGGUGAACCACCAAAUUCUGAUCUACAUCCAAUGAGAGUAUUAUUUUUAAUACCGAAAAAUAAUCCACCACAAUUGACUGGAAAUUAUAGUAAACAAUUUAAAGAAUUUGUUGAAGCUUGUCUUAACAAAGAUCCGGAAAAUAGACCAUCGGCAAAAGAAUUGCUAAAAUUUCCAUUCAUACGUAAAGCGAAAAAAAAUUCAUUCCUAAUCGAUUUGAUUGAAAGAUAUAAACGUUAUAAAGCACAAGGUGGUGGUAAAAGUGAUAGUGAUUCGGAUGCAUCUGAUUCUGAUGAUGGAAAAGGUAAAUCAACGGUUGAUACAUUAACAUGGGAUCUGACAAUCAAACAAAAUCCAAAUAAAUUGAAUAAAAAACCAUUAUUAAAAGAAAUGGAACAAUUAUCAUUAGAAAAUAAUAAUAAUAAUAAUCAUGAAAAUAAUAUUACAAAUGAUAAUUCGGACAGUGAUAAUAGAACAACAGUAACGGGCAAUAAUAAUAAUAUUAAUAGUAAUAAUGAAAUUACAAAUGAUAUUAUAGUCGAAUCUGUUGUAAAACCAUCCAAGAAACCUGUGGUUAAUGUUGUAAAAUCACCACCAUCAAAAGAAUCAAAAUUAUCAUCAUCAAAUAAACAGGAAAAUUCUCAUAAUAAUAAAAUUAAUAAAAAAGAAAUUUUACAGCAACAACAACAACAACAAUCACCAUUACAUAAUCGAUCUUCUUCAAAUAACAACAUAACGAAUAAUGUAAUUGAAAAUUCAAUCAAUGAUAAAAAACAUUUUGUUAGUGAUGAAAUUAGAAAUAUAAAUCAUCAUCAACAACAGUCACAAUUAUCUUCAAAACAUUCAUCAUCACCAUCAAAGAAUUAUGGUCCUCGAAGUAUUAAUAAUAAUAAUCAUGAAAUACAUUCGAAUAAUAACAAUACGAACAACAUUAAUCAAAUUAGUCAGCCAUUAUCAUCGACAACGAAUAAACAAUGUGAACAAUCAUCAUCAUCAUCAUCGAUGAUGGUUAAUCAUAAUCAUAAUCAUCAUCAACAACAACAACAAUUGAAUCAUAAAAUUCAUUCCCAAAAUACAAUAUUUGCCAUCCUAAAUGAGCUAAAGAAAAGAGAAAAUCCACGUGAUAAUUUAGGUGAAUCGAAUAUCAAUAUUAAUAUGAUUGAUAAUCUUCGUCAGGCAUUCGAAACGGCUGAACAAUCAUUUCCCGGAGUAUCGGCAAUGUUUAUCGAUGAAAUUGUAACAAGUUUGGCAGCUUCGAAUAAUAAAAAAUGAAAAAGCGAGCGAAAAA